AUGUCAUUUUUCUUUUCUUCAAAACAAGAUAGAGCUGUCGCUAAGAUCAAAGAGUCUGUGACAAAAUUAAAUGAACGGAUAAGUGAACUGAAUGCAAAAAUUGAAGAAUAUACAAUGAAAAUGAAAAUGUACCAAAAUAAUGGGGACUUCGAAAAUGCUGAUAUCAUUAAGAACACGCUGUUGGACAAAUUAAGUGCGAAGAAGUCGGUGUAUUUGAAACUUAUUAUAGAAUUGGAAUUCCAAAAUAUCGAUUUAAAAUCUGCAGAAACUGAUCAACAACUUGUAGCUAGUACAAAACAAUCACAUGAUGUUAUUCAAAAAUAUGUAGAAAACAGUGGUCCAGAGAAGGUUGCUGAACUCAUUGAUGACAAAACACAAAACAUAGACACAACAAAAGAAAUUCGACGCAUCUUAUGUGAAAGGGUUGACAAGAUGCUUGAGAAGAAGAAGUCUGUAUAUGAUGUGAAAAAAGACAAAGAAGAAGAAGACGUCGAAAAUUUAUUAGAAGAGCUUAAAAAACCCAAAGAAGAGGAAUUUAUUGAGAAGAGAACAGUGUUAUUGGAAGGUGAAGAAGUUGUGAAGACUGAAAAAAGUACACAACAAGUCACACAAAAAAUACAACAAAUCAAUGACAAAGAGAUAAACAACACAAAUGAAUCACAAAAAGUAAUCGCAAAAUUGAACGAAGAAAUUGCAAGUUGGAAAGAGCGAUGUUUUGAGGCAGAAAAGUGCAUUGACAUGGAUGAGAUCAAAACACUCAAAAAUGAAAAUGCACGACUUAAUCAAGAAAUCGAAACACUGAAAACGGAGUUAGUACACUACAAGAACCAAAUGGUACCUCAGAAAGAAGUUCAAGAGGAAGUCCAAGAACCAGAACCAAUAGACCAACAAACUCAAUUGGAACCAAUAAGAGAAACUAUUUCUGUUCCAUUGAUUUACUUUAUGACUGGGGGACAAUUCCAAAUUAAAUCGGGACAAGAAUAUUAUGUUGUGACUAUUGAAAAGGGGCAGAAAGAAGGAAGAGAAUACCCAGUCACUGAAAAUGGCGUUGUUACUAAAGUGCUCACCGUUGUCUCGAGUGACGACACUUUUAUUAGAGAUGGAGAAAAUUUGCAGACACAUAUGCAACUCGAUAAAAGUUUAAUUGGAGAAACUAUAAGUACACAACUGAAAUUAUUGGAUGGGUCUGAACAAUCUAUACAAUUCAGUGUUAUAGAAAACGCAAAUUACGAUUUUGAAGGGUUUGGACUUCCCAAAGAAGAUCAAUCCGGAUUUGGAAUUUUAAGGUUGGUAGUCGAAAUAGUUUAA